AUUUUUAAAGAGCUUGAAGUAGGUGAGGUUGAAGUACUGAGUGCAGGUUGAUGUUUAACACCUUAAAUUAUUAAACUUACACCCAUGGGAUAUGUGGAAAAAUGGGUUCACAGAGGUGACAGUUUGGCUUUGAAUGCCAAAACCAUCUCAGAGCUCAAAAAGUCUCUGAACUAUCUGUUGCUGAAAUCGUGACAAAUGUAACUAUAGGAGCGUUGCAUACGUACUUACUCUGUUUUUCAGAGUAUCUCUUGCUACUCAUUGCCAGAAAUGAGUUACUGAGUUAGGGAGAUCUUUGGUCUGAUUUGGAGAAGAUGCUUCUCAAGGAGCAGAAGCAUUAGCAGCAACAGGCAAAAAAAUAAAGGUUGUACAAGUAUAAACGGAUAAAACGGAUAUGUGGGAUAAAACGGAAGAUAGUGACGUGGAAAAUCAUUCAGUCUCAGCAUUUUAGGCUGUAUAGAGUUAACUGUGAUCAUGGAACAAACUCCACAAGAGAUGGAGGAAGCUGAGCCAUGGUAUUUUCAGAAAAUGUAUGCAAGAUACUGGAAGCACUAUGAUUUAGCUGUGCGCUGGAUGCACAGACACCAGGAGGCCUACAGGAAAGCCAUGGAGUGCUUUUAUCAUGUACCAUGGCCUCCUUAUGCAGCUUGUCCAAGUAGCCGCUACUCAGAUUGGGAUGGGGAUGACCCCCCAUGUACCCACAACCAUUUUUCCAACUAUAGCCCACGUGGCAGAGCUCAGCAGUACAUGGAUGCCCAGCCAGGGAAGGAGGAUGAUGACAGGGAGGAGGAAGAGGAAGACUCUGAAGUGGAGGAAGACUCGGAGUCUGAAGGGGAGUUUGAAUAUGACCUGAGUAACAUGGAGAUCACAGAGGAACUUCGCCAGUUUUUUGCCCAAACAGAGAGGCAUCGAGAGGAACUACGGAGACAGCAGCAACUGGAAGCUGAGCAACAAGAAAUGUACGUGGAGGCUGAUCAAGACCUUUACAGAAACAUGAAGCGUUCUGUGGAGCCACCUGCAGAAAGACCUGGGGCGAGAAGAAUGGCAGAAAUGGAGAAAUUGUACGGUGAUGAAGCUGCCAAAAUCCUAGCUAUGGAGACUGCCAUGCAGCUUAUCUUUGAUAGAAAUUGUGACAAAAAACAGCCCAAAUACUGGCCUAUUAUUCCCCUCAAGCUGUGAGUACCUGGACUGUGCUCUGACUUGGCACAGAGCUGUAGGGACAGUUGCCUCAAGCUGUACUGCUGGAAGCAUCAACUGUUCAUGUCAUUUUUGGAUGGGUUUUAGGGCAGGAUCCAGCAAAGACAAAGUGAUUUUUUUGCCCUAUGUUCCUUUAACAUCACCUGUUGUGAUGGUCAGAAUUCAUUUACAUACAUAUCAUUGCCAAUUAGUAAAAGGGGGAGACAGUAAUUUAACUGUCUGAAGUCUGUUUCACUCAUUUGAUGUCAGCCUGCCUUGACCAUGCAGGUGAGAAAUAUGACAACAUCUAUACCUAAUGAACUGGAAAAAAUUAACAGCAAUUACAAAAUGAAAAGGACUGUACAAAUUGUCAGCUCUUUCCAUUUAGGAAACUAAGUAGUCUUAGUUUCUAAGACUAAGUAUUCUUUAGUCUUUAUAUCUUUUUUAUAUCUCUUUAUAUCUUUUUAAUAUAGCAGCAUUUGGAUCCAGCUUAAUGCAACACAGCUUGAAGUGUUGUGUCUCCUAAUCUUUUGAUUUUCUUCUUUUUUUCCUUUGAGAGCCAGGAGCCCACUGGCCAAGACACAACAUAUCAAAUUACUGUAGCUUGGCCAUUUGAAUUCUUUUUUCAAAUGCAUAUAAUAAAGCAGGAAGCUUUUCUUCAAGACUGAUACUUAUCUGGCAGGAGUUCAACUCUAACAUAAAAUUAGAUAGGAAGAUGUUUUAAUGAAGGAGGUGGGGAGUUUGGGGGAGAAACUUGAUGUGGCCCUGUCUAUUAUAGAUCUGUCCAGCAAAACAGAUCCUUAAGAGGACAAAAUGCUUUUUGGGCAAAUGCCAACAAUUAUUUUUGUCAUUCUAAUAAAAACACCUUAUUGGUUUGAAGCUUGAAGGAAGAUAUAUCAGUCUUUAACUGUGAAGCACUGCUGUUACAUACCACUGUGUGCUGAAGAUCUGUAGUUUGAGUUAAGCACUAUUACCGUGGCAGAGCAAGGGAGCAGCACACUGUUUUAGAUGUGACUGACAUUUGUGUGCCUUUUAUCACAGCAGAGAAUGUCACAAAUUAACUUCUCAUGCCCAUUGUGUCUGGUGUUCUCUGCUACAGUCAGCUAAACCAAACCAAAUCUGAGGUGCAGUUUGGAGACUUUGUUUUUUCCUAGUAGUUACCAUGUUUUUGUAAAUCAGCAUUUUGAGUUCAGUUCUACCUCCCUCACUCCUCAUUAGAUGUGAAGAGAUGAGUUAAACACUGAAAUUAAAAUCCCCCAGUGUUCAAGACUUGUUAUGGAUAUGAUUGAUAUGAAUAACUUAGGCUUGACACACGAGGGAGGCGUGUUCUGAAUUACAGCCCUGCAUUUGUCUUAGCUCUUUUUUUUUUGUUGGAUUUUGUCAGAAAUCUGGUAUUUUGUAUGGAAUUCUUUGUUGACCAAAUAAAUGUUCUUAAUGAUAUAUCGUAAUUGGUUUAAAACAAAAACAUACAGGCCAAACUUCCAUACUUCUGCACUCCAGUUCUCAGAUCUCAAGCCUUCUUUUUGCUGCUGUAUUGGUUAGAGAGAGUUGCAUUAAAACUAGUUACAGUUUUAACACAUAAGCACAAAGAGUGUUGACAGGACUUUCACAGGAAUGCUGAUCAGUACCAUACCACAGAGUAUAUUACAAAAUGAAUAGGAGAGCUGUUGCAUCUGCUGGGGGAAAACUGUGUCUCCAAUCAUAUGCAUAGAUUUCUCUGUUUCUCUUGGAAAUGUUUCCAUUGUGGUGGUGAUGAACUCCCUUGUGCAGUGCACUAAAGAAGAAAGAAGGGAUGCAUAGGACUGGGCUGUUCUUGAUUUCAACCCAGUUCUUAGGAUGGAUGUUUCUGAAUCCAACUGGUUCUGCUAGCAGAAGUCCUGAUCUCAUAAAGUAGUUGUAUAGACCCCAUACAAGACAAACAUGGAAUUCCUUUCUCACUUCAGAUAAAAUAUACAGGAACUUUCUCUGCCUCUGUUUCUUGUAACUGUUUCUAAGAGGUUUUAACAUACGCUGUGAGGUUGGAAAUAGAGAGAUCUGGAUAAAAUAAAAAGUUCCCUAAGAACUAUGCACUAAGAUUGAGCAAGAGGAGUCCACUGUUGCAGACGGUGUUGCUGCCAAAUAAUCUUUUCGCUGCUCCCAGAUUUCAGGACAGGCAGUUGCUGGUGGGCUGUAUUUUGCUGGUUAUUCAGUAGAACCUGGAGAUUUUGUGUUACAGCUUAUUCCGUCUCCUGUGUCAUUUUAGAGUUCUAAGAAAUACCUCAGAAAAGCAUCAUCAUGGAAGCAAGGUAAUUGCAACUCAAAAAUGCACGUGGAGUCAGAAUGUCUGUAACACUUUUCAGUCCUGCAUGCAUGCUUUAUGUUGAAAUGCUCAAGUGACAGACCAUGUACUCCUUUUUUUAUUUUAUUCCCCAGUGGUGAUGGUAUGUCAACCUCAUGAAUGGAAUGCAGCCAUGAUGCUGCAGACUUGAUUUUUCCUUCUCCAGAACAUCACAGUGUUACUUUCAGCUAUACCAACUGCUUGUACAGUCCUGCUGAGAGGAAGUUCUUCAUGGUGGUAGUAGUUAUCUUGAGCUAUUCUCAGCUCUAACAGAAAAAAAAAAUGCAUCUUGCAGUUACAAGCAAAGUUCUCAUACAAGAAAUUAGGGAAACCAGCUUCAGAAACUAUGAUGAUGUGCUACAUGCCAAUAUGCAAACUGCCUCAUCUUCAGAAGCUUGUGGUUGGUUGAAGAUGCUUUUGAAGACUGGAGAAAAGUGGGAAUGGAUCUCUUUUAGUGUACACAUUCUUAAAAGAAAAGAAAAACUUUCAGAACUGGCACAGUAUAAACAUAAAAAUGAAGCAAUGGCCUCUUGUUUCCUAUCAAAAGAAAAAAUACUUACACUUACUUAUACAGUGGUGACGUUGUCAAGGACGCCUGUCCUUGUAGAAUUAUUUCCUCCUAAAGCAGCUGAUGGUUUAAUAUGCCUGUGUAUACAGGGAAACAGAGGAGAUUAAACAAUUUUGAGCAAAAUAACUUAUCAUCAAAAUUAUUGGUAAGUAUUCAUCUUUGUUAUUAGUAGUCCUGUUUAAUGGUUAGCUGCAAAUAUCAUGGAAGGAUCUACAAUGUAGAGCAACUUAAAUUUCUGUAACAGCUUUAAAGAAUUAUGAAUACUUACAUAAUGCACAGUGGACUUUUUCUUUCUUAUGGCUUUUUUGCAGAAGCUUCUCAGUCAUUAUGUGAAAUAAUUUCAAAUAUUGACAUCUUCAUCUGUUGUUACAUUUGUCAGAGCACAACUCAUUGAAUAGAAAUUGAGAAAAGCAAGACACUUUAAUUCAGCUGCUUAAUGUUGGGUUUUUAAGUGAUAUUUGGCAGGCUGGACUGAAUAUCUGUCUGAGAGAAUUAUGGUGUGCCAAGAUUACUGACCAAAUACAGUCUAUCUAAAGGAAGCAUCAAGAACUCAAUUUUCCUUCUAUUUUCAUAAAAGUAUGAAUUAACUGGGAAACAUACUGCUUAAUAAAUAAUGCAGUCUUGCUGUGAAGAAAUUUUGUAUAACCUGCUGUUUUGUCUCCUGCAGUCAUGCUGGACUUUCUCUUAUGUAGAAUGGCAGCCUCCAAAGGACUCUCAGUCACUCCUGAAGGGUGAUUGCACUUAAAGUAUGAAGCUCCACUCCUCUAUGUCCUUGUUCUUAUGUGGCUGGAAUUGCUGAGCAUAGGUUGCAUAGGUGAUGUGCAGUGGAGCUUUGAGUAGGUGAUGGACUGUGACUUUGGUA